CCGGAUCAUUUGGUAUGACGUUCCCGGAGCAGGCACUCCAGAUGUCCCUGACUGGCACUACUUCAAUGCCCUGGGCCUCUACAUCUUCGACUGCAUCAUCGUGCUCAUCGAUAAUCGUGUCUUGGAAUCCGACCUCGCCAUCAUUCGCACCUGUCAGCAGUUCAUCAACAUUGAAGUGUUCAUCGUUCGCUCCAAGUCAGACCAGCACAUCAACAACAUGGCAUGCGACAGGCUGCCACCAGGGUUCGACCCUUGUGAUUCAGACAUCGACGACAAGACACGUUGUCAAUUUCUGCAAAUCAAAUCUGAAGAACGGAUGAGGUUCAUUGACGAAACGCGCCAGAAUGUGCAAAUGAACCUUGAGAACAAGAACCUCUUUCCUCAGAAGGUCUACAUCAUUUGUAAGGACGCCAUGCUUGCUAUAUGGAAUAGCUCGCAUUCUCCAAAGGAAAUUGACGAGGCGGAGCUUCUGAAUGAUGUUAGAGAGUGUAUGGGUAGGUGUCUAGAGUCGGCAUCUUGAACAUGGUCAGAUUGUCUCACUCGAUUGUCAAACGGAUCGUUGAGUGCAUUUAGAUUAUGCGACACGUAAUUCCGAUUUGUUUUUGAUCUUUUGCUGGUUGGUUCAUUAAUUCUUUUCUCGUCAAAUGUGACAUUC